AUGGCUCCGAUCGACUAUAUUUAUCCGCGAUGGCUACUGGAAGCAGACGUGAAACGACCUGGGGAUGAUGAGCAGACCCGACAGUGCCAUCUACUCUCGAGACAGCCGUUUUACCUGAAGGAGGCACAGAACACGGAGAGGAGAGUUUAUGGGAUGAAACCGCUACAAGAGAUAAUGACGGGUGAAUUGACGGACAUUGAUAACCAGUUGAAAUCCACCAACAAGUUGUUGAACAGCACCAACCACUUGGAAACCAACACCAUUGAGCCUUCGGAGAGCGGAACUCGUCUGGAAGAAGGGAAGGAGAAGAAAGGAACACAACAGGUGCAUUUAAUACGAUAG